AUAAUUGUUCAAUGAUUUUACAUUCUAGUGACUAAGUUGUGAUUUAAUUAAAUUUGGGGUAUCAAAUGUAAAAUGUUUGGCCACAGUAACCUAACAUCAACUUUAUUAAGAAAAAUUAUUUCCACUAUCGCCGAUCACUGUAGCGCAAGACACGUUUUACUAUUCAUACAGACUCAAAAUUACUAUUCACCUUCUUUUGAUUGGUUGGUUGUCUGUCGUGGGCCCUGAUGUUGACCAAAGGAAUUGCUGGUUGCUUCGCCGCCAAUUUCCAGCCCCUUUGCGCCUUCCUUUUCUUGUGUUGGGGUCUUCGAGUUUCGCAUCGGCCUCAAAUCCACUGUCUAGUAUAAUUGGUAAUGAUGGCGAAGGUUUGGAAAGAGUGAAGGUCUUCGUGUCCCAAGGGUUUCUCGGGUAUUGCAAUCCUUCACAUAGAAGUUGAGCGGCCCUUGGACGAGUUGGGUCUUCUGCGUGAUGAUGGGGAUGGUCUCUCUCUCUCAUAGAAGUUGAUUCGGAGAUGGUCUCUCUCUCAUCUCGGAGGCGAGGUAAUUGUCAGCGACCAGGGAAUCGUCGAUCACCCGGCGGUUGUGAGGAUCCAUCUCCGACGAAGCGUAGAUCCGAAGAUGGUGCGGGGCCGAUUCUCAAGCCAGAGCAUUCUGAUUCUCUUGCCUUUUUAUUUUUUUCUGGCGAAAUCGAGGUGAUUGACGGGAUGGGGAUCGCCGAGAACCUGCCGGUGAUCAUCGUUCUUCUCUCUCCCUCUCUUCUCGGAACUUCGAUGGUUUGACCAGACACUGAAGAGCACCGGCUUUCCGGGUUAGUUUGUUUUCUAUUUUUUUUCCGAAUGGUUUUGUAUCUCUCAUUCUUCCUCAGAAGAAUCUGUUUCAUCUGUUUUCGAACAAUAUUUUGGCUUUGGGUUCGUUGAUAGGAUUUUCUAAGACCUGAGUUGAGCGUUGAAUCUCAGCGAAAGCCUGCGGACCAUUAGAUUGUUGAGUUCUAAUGGUGUUCAAACGGAUUCGUAAGUUCUGUUUUAGUUUUUGACGGUUAAUCUUUAUGUUCGUGGAUGGACCUUCUCUGUUUGACAGUGUUUUUUCUCCUACACAGGGAAAAUAUCGGUGAUGCAUUCCGUUUUUGAGAUUCGAACGUCGGUGGCAGUCGUCCGAACUCCAGUCAGACGGCAUCAUACUCGAAGUCCCUAAUCUUCGAAUCUAUCAUACUCGAGUUCGCUUUCACCAUUUCGUCUUUCAGUAUCUCUGCCACUAUAUAUGAGUAGGUUUUCCCUCUUCUGAGUUCUGAGAAUGAAUUGUGUUUAUCAAUUGAUAGGGGAUAAUCUGAAGAAGAGAGGAGUUUGUGGUUGCUUGGGUUGUGGAUUUUGUAAAUUUGGAGAUGGUUCGGAGUGCCCAGAUUGGCGAGCUUUAUGGUAAGUUUCCUUUUGUUUCUAUGGUGACUUUGUUAUGUUUUUCUUUGGAUGGUUCUCAAUCUUUCCGUCAUUUAAAAUAUUUCUUUCCUGGUGAUAUAUUCUUCCUACAGAAUACAGAUGCCUCUGCAGUUUCAGUUCAAGUGUCCGUAUAAGUGAAGGUUCACGUAGGUUGGUGAUGUGACCUUGAAAUGCUUCAAUUGUCUCCGGUUUUACCAUGGAUGCUACCAGCCACCAGGUAUUCACCGGUUUGUGCACCAAUAUCCAUCUAUUCUCUAUUCCUGUAUUUUUCGGUUCAUAAUCAUUCAUUGUUGUUUUGUUUGACAUAGUGCGUUCAUGUCUCAACCUUUGAACCGUGACAAGCAACAGAAGAUCGGAAUAUUUCAAAUUAGAAGCUAGAUCUAGGUAUGAAAAAAUAAUGGAUGCAAUGAUGCAAUUCAUUAUUUGUCCACUUAUAAAAUGUUAUGCCUUUUCAUUAGAAUUUUCACGGGACUAGCAGUAUGUCCAACCACAAGAUGACAUGGAGGGUAAAAUUUUCCUAAACCUGAUGGUAAGUCUUCUUCAAUCUUAAUUGUUGUUCAUUUGACUUGUUACUCUUGAGAGCUUGCUGUAUGAAAUGGGAGAGUGCAUACAUUUUAAUGAUUCUUCACUCAGAUUUAAGUAUCAGUUUUCCUUCUCCUCAAAUUUCGUUUGUUAAACUCAGCGUCUUAUUUUGGAGUUGGUAUACUCAUUAGAAUAGUAAAUUUUCUGCAACUUUUUGUGAAUUUGAUCCAUACAAGGGCUAGAGUCUAAGCAGAGAUGAAAAUGCAGAUGAAGUAACAAAGAGUCGCAGGAGAACUGCAAACUAGCUAAUAAGAGUUAACAGUCCCCUCAAGCUUUGCCAAUUGAUAGCUUCUCAAGUUAUUAUCUGCUUCACCUUUCUUUCUGACCGAAAUCAUUCAAGUGAUAUGCUGUAUGUUAUGUAGUUGUUGUGAUUGUUUAUUUGAUGAUCGUGUAUGUAGUAAAUGAGUUCAUUGAAGCUGGUGUGGUAUGACAUAAACUAAAUUCAAAUGA